AUGGGCCCCGGCCCCGAGAAGGUUGUGGAGGGACCUGUCUCGUACUGCGAAUUACCUCCGCCAGAAGAGGUCUGUCCGUCAAGGGGCACUUCUGGGACUAAAGUGACUGCGGGAAUCAAACCUCCUUGCUCCCUGAAGGAGGAUGUGUCAAUGAAUAAUGUUACUUUGGGGGUUGGUCUUACUUUGGCUCCCCAGGAAGAAAGACCAACUACAGCUACUGGCGGACCUAGCCGAUGCACUUAUGUGAUCGAUACCUCAAGACUUGAAAGUCUUCCUCAUAUUGAAGUCAAUACUAAUACUUCAUCACACCUUAAAAGACGUACUGGUCUUCCACCUCUGGGUACUGACGCCCAAACUCAUACCACCCUUGAAAAGGGGAAAUCAAAGGCGCCCAAUGCCUACAACUUUGCUACUGCCAAGCGUACGCAGGUAGUAGACGAGUCCACCAACAUCUUUGAACGACGAGUUCCUAAACCUAAAGAGGAUACCAUUAUACAGAAUGGUCGAACCUACCGCAAGUUUCCGUCCAAGACGGAUAUCAAGCUCACCGGCAAGCAGAUGCGUGACCGCCGCCUCCUUAAGAAGACUCAGAAAGAGAUUUCGGAAAGAAAACAAAGUCGGAUUGAUACCCACUAUGAACACCACACCAUCAGACAAAGCAAAAAGAAGCGUCUUUACAUCACAAGUGACAUUGGAAAUAUCCUCCGUCACACUGACCAACCUCCGGCUGAUACGGAGGGACCUCCUACCACUCAAAGUGGAAUCCCAAACAACCAAAGUGUUGCGCCAUCACAGGAUGCGAAUACGCACCCUACUCACGACUUGCGGGAAGUCAACUCUGGGAUGCUCACCACUAACGCCCUGGUUACUAAACUGAAAACCAAAACUGCUACCUCCUCUCGCAAUAAAGGAAAAACCUCUUCACGCUCCCAUAAAGUGAAUCACACCUCCGGACAAAAUGAUAUGUCUUCCCAAACUAGUGAUGCCUCAUCCGCCACAGGUCAACAAAAUCAAGGAAGCACUCAAACUCAGAGUACCGCCUCCACAGCUGGAAAGUCAAAUAGACCCUCCUACGCCUCAGUAUAA